AUGGCAACUAGUGGGAUGAUUGAAAUAUCACUAUCGAUUGGUGAAUGGAUAUUAAAUACAAGUGGAAUAAAACAAAAUGAUCAAUAUUCAGUAUUUACCAUCGUCAUGUUGGUAAUGUUAUUGGUUUCCAUUCGAUACUAUCUUGGUAUUCUAUCAUAUUAUAGUAAAGCACCUUCUAUCCAUAAAUUAAAAUCAAAUUCCCAAUCUCUCAGUUUGUCGUCAUCAUUGUAUGGUAUCAGUCGAGACAACCAAUACAUCUAUAAUUAUUAUGAAAAUAACCAUCAUCAUAACCAUCAUCAAUUCCAUCGCCACCACCAUGGUACAAUCGCCACCAUAGCUUACUCUAUUCAAUCUUUUAUUGCAUAUAUAGUAUCAUUAUGCUGGUUUACGAAUAUUCGUGGUAGUGGUGGAAGUGGUGUUGGUGGAGUCAACCCAUCAACAUCUGUGCUAUUAUCACCACCCACUAUAUCUACACACUCUCGCCCACUUUCGCCUUCACUUCCUUCUUUAUCAUCAUCUACCUCUUCCCCAUCUACAACAACAUCUCCGGCCUCAUCAUCUCCUACAUCUACAUCACCUUCUAUUUCAGGUAGAUCAUUCAAUCAAAGACAUGAAAACAACAAGCCAUAUGUAUUGGGCAUUACAUCUGGAACCAUAGGAACUAUUGGUGACAAGUUCUCUUUUGUGGUCGUCUCUCAACCACAUCUCUUUAACAGUGGCAGUAGUACUGUCAAUCACUUGAUCUCGCCAAAGUCUGGUCAGAUGUCAAACAAAAGAGAAGGGCGAUCAAGUGAUAUUGUGACUAUAGCCAUCCAAGGACACGACCUUUACAACAUGGAUGAACACGCUCAGAUCAAUGUUAUCGACCGCAAAAAUGGAACGUUUAGUGUUUACUUUUCAGUGACCAAGAGUGGAACAUACACAAUCAACAUAUUUGUUAACCAAGUCUUAUUAUCCCCAUACUCUGUUUAUUUAUCUCCUGUUCAAUAUUCAUUCUUUUUAACAGAUGUAGAUAGUAAACAAAAUAUGAUAGUUGCAGGAGAAGAAUUUAAUUUUGAAAUUACACCAACCAAGAUUGUCAACCAAAAGAUAAAUGACCAAGUGUCGAUCGAUACAUUUGUCAAUGAAAAUGGAGUCAUGAAAAAGAUUAGCAAUGACUUUACACUGUAUUCAUCGACCGAUCCCGAAGGAUUCCAUGGACGCGGUAAACUGAUCCGUAGUGGCGACUAUGUGAUCGAAGGUAGUGUCCAAGGAAUCCUAGUCUUUUCAAAGGCCAUUAGAGUAGAGGCAGGUUGCGUUUCACCAAAAUACUCUCAAAUCAUGUGGCAUGGAAAAGAAUUAAUCUCUGAAAAUAAGUUUUUCAUUCUUGAAGAAAACAAACAACAAAAAAAAUCAUCAUCCCCUUCAUCAAAUGUAUUAAAAUUUUUAAUUGUUACAAAAGAUCAAUUUGGAAACCCAUGUAAUGGAGAGAAAUAUAUUGGUCAAUUUAAUGUAGAAUGUUUAAGAAGUUUUUCACCAUUAUCAAACGAGACUUUUAUAAAUAACAAACAACAACAAUGCAACUUUACAACCAAAUUAGAAUAUACAAUUACCAAAGACGAAGAAUUUGAACGUGGUCUAAUCGUAUCAAUUCCAAUCAAUCAGUGUGGAUGGUAUACUGUCAACUUUAGUUUAAACGGAGUUCCAUUGUUAUCUGGUGGUAGUAGUCCCUAUACUUUAAUAUCAAUUUCCAAGGAUGAUUAUUCUCAUCUAUCAACACGUUACACUCAAGGUAUAUCAUCAUUUCCUUGUCAAAUAGAAAAAAACAAAAAAUUUGCAAAUGUUAAUUUAAAUAUAACUUCAUCUAAAAUAGAAAUUACAGAAAAUUAUUAUAUAACCAAUUUAGUUGUAUAUGAAUUUACAAUUAAUCCAACCAUUCAAAUACAAUUAUUAAAUGAAAAAGAAAUAUUAAUCAAAGAUAACAAAACAAAAAUAAUAAUUCAUAAUUGUACAAAUACAUUUUUAAUUUUAUUAACUGCCUAUUACUUUUUUGGUGAUCAAACUGAACCAUCAUUUGAUUCAAAAUGUAAAUGGUUAAAAGAUAAAUUAAAUAAGAUUCAAAAUAAUGAAAGAUUAAAACCAACACCACUAAAAUUAAAUAUAUCGUCACGAGACAAUAUACUAGAGGAAUCAUUGGACAUUUUAAAGAAUGUGAAUGGAAAGAAUCUGUUGACAACUCGAAUCAUUGUCAAGUUUGAAAAUGAAGAGGGUGUAGAUGUUGGAGGUAUCUCCAAGGAAUGGUUCUCCAAAUUCUCACAAGGAAUGGGAGAGAGCAGUCUAAAUGGGUACCGUAUGUUUGAGUGCAAAGCAAACGAUAGAUACCAACCAUCACCAUUCUCUAAUCUAGUGCCAGAGUACAAAACACUCUUUCGCACACUUGGUCGCAUCGCUGCCAAAUCAAUUUUUGAAAGCGUUUUGAAAGCUGACCGUCACCUAUCCAUUCACUUUACCCCGUCCUUUUACAAACGACUCUUAAACGAGCCAGUCGCCAUGGAGGAUGUCGAAUCACUCGAUCCAGUCCUCUACCGAAAUCUCUUUCAAUAUUUACUCAAUAAUCCAAUGGAACAAGUUAAUCAAGUGUUGGGUGAUCCACUUUACUUUGUUCAUCAUAUUUAUGAUAAUACUUUAACCAACACUACUACUACUGAACAAUCAUCUACAAAUGCAUCUGGUGUCUGUCAAAAUGGAAUACAAAGUAAACAAGAGUAUAAAGUUGUUAAUUUAAAACCAUUUGGAAAUCUAAUCAGAGUGACCGAUGAAAACAAAGAGGAAUACUUACAAUUAUUGGCUGACCAUAUGAUGUAUGGUUCCAUCAAAACUCAAAUAGAUGAAUUUAAAGAAGGAUUCUAUCAACUGUUACCUCAAGAAUUCAUUUCAAUAUUCACUUGGAAGGAAUUGGAAAUACUCAUUUGUGGUAAAUCAAAUGUUAGUGUUGAUGAUUUAAAAGCUCAUUCAAAUAUUACUGGUUUUGUUUCUGAAGAAAUUGUUAAUCAUUUUUGGAAAAUAUUAAAUGAAUUUGGAGAAGAGGAAAAGAAAUCUUUAUUGAGAUUUGUAACUGGGUCCAGCUCUGUUCCAUUGGGUGGAUUCUUUCAAUUGUAUCCUCAUUUUACAGUUAAUAUUACACCAAAUACUAGUGUUGGUAGAUUACCAGUUUCACAUACUUGUUUCAAUCGAAUUGAUAUUCCUCGUGGUCUAACUUCCUAUCACACUCUAAAACAAAAUAUUCUAACUGCCAUAAGUGAAGCUUCAGAAGGUUUUUCUUUAGUUUAA